GGCUGUACUUUUAGUUGGGUGUUCACAAGUUGCCAAGACACCGUGCCGCACGGUACGUCUAACUAUUCCGUGAUUAUCUCACUACGUCACACAUAAACGAACACACGCGCACCGAAAUUAAGUGUGCGGGACGAAAAAUAUUUUCUCAUUCAAAGGAAAGAAAAGAAGAAAAAAAAAACACCUGUGUCACGCGUCAUUCAGAACCCAAGUUUACGCGUGCCCCCAGUGAUACGUGAAUAAUCCCAAGUGACUCAUUGUUUUUAAUGUGGUACCCUCGUGCGUUCAACAAUCAGAGGUCCACGGGAUUUGAUAUCGCUGUACGUCACACCGAUACAGCGACAAGUGUUCGCGGUCGCUGUACAAGCGGAACCGGUAAACUAUACUGUAUAUAUUUUCCAUCAGUUGCGUAGAACGUGGUGUUAUGUAACAAAAGUACAUGAGAGUCUGCAGUAUCCGAGGAAAUAAAUAAAUAAAAAAAAUUAUUACCCGUGGGAGUGUUUCCGGAGAUUUUUGCAAUUUGUGCGAGAAUUAAAAAAAAACUAUCGAGUUAAUUGUGACUGCCCACACGUUGCUGUCUAUUUCGCAACAGAGAGAGAGAGAGAGAGACUGUUAUUCAGCGGGAGUGAAGGAAAGUCGGAAUAUUUCCGUGUGUAUAGAAAACCGGAUAUCCUGAAGUGGACCUGAUGGUGCGAAGUUUAACGAUGGAGGCGACGUUCUACGAUGAGGUGACUGUAUACGGUAAUUGCAAUAGAGACAACGUAGGCCAAUUGAAGAGAAAUUUGACGUUGGAUCUCAACGGACAUCGUCAAGGGCCCCAGGCCAAAAGGCCAAGACUGGGUCCCCUACCCCUGUCCCUCAACAAUUCAGCUCCAGUUCUAAGUUCACCAGAUCUCCACAUGUUGAAACUUGGAUCACCAGAACUGGAGAAACUCAUUAUUGCCCAACAGGAUGGUCUUGUCACGACAAUGCCAACACCCAAUCAAAUUCUCUUCCCCAAGACUGUCACCGAGGCACAGGAACUGUACGCACGUGGCUUUGUUGAUGCUCUCAAUGAGCUACAUCACUCUGACAGUUCCCAGGAGCCUGGAAGUAUUCAUGGUGCUACUUAUACGAAUUUAGAACCACCAAGCUCAGUACAGAGCACGGAAUCACUGUCCCAAGGGCUCCUGAUGAUCAAAGAUGAACCGCAGACAGUGCCAAGUGUAUCAAGCUCACCCCCAAUGUCACCCAUUGACAUGGAAAAUCAGGAGAAGAUCAAGUUGGAGAGGAAGAGACAGAGAAAUCGUGUUGCUGCUUCCAAGUGUAGAAGACGCAAACUCGAGAGAAUCUCCAGGCUUGAGGACAAGGUCAAGUUGCUCAAGGGUGAAAAUACAGAGCUCAGUAGUGUUGUUCACAGGCUCAAGGAGCACGUGUGUCGAUUGAAGGAGCAGGUGAUGGAUCAUGUGCACUCUGGCUGCCAAAUGAUGUCGGUCUCAGGACAAUUUUGAACUUUGACUUUAUUGGGGAUCAUUCCUACAUGAAUGAGCAACAUUGAGUCUUGAGGACAUCUCCGGGAACUCUGAAUCUCUUUAAGGGGAUUUAUGGACUUUCUUGGUGAUUAUCGCGCCACGUGGAGGAGACAUCCUGAGGGAAUCUGGGGAGUGCCUUUGAGUGUUGUGUUGAUGAUAUGGACAAUUAAAAUUGUUAAUGGAGAUAUGUUAUGAUGGAGUCCACGCACAUCCACGAUAGCGUUGACGUCCACUGCCUGGUGGGAGGAGCACCGAAGAGGAGCGAAAGGCGAAAAAUAUAUUCAUGAGACAGUGAGGGGGAAGGGGAGCUACAGUGGCCAUUUUGGAGAACAUCCGAGAGCGCGGCAAUUUUAAAUCGUCCAGAGACUCUAAUUCAAUCUUUAAUUGAGAUGAAAACUGAAUGAAUGGCUUUCAAUCAAUAUCUUGAGAUCGGCAGAGUGAAAUUCGACGAUUAUGUUUUCAUUUGGAAGGUAUUUUUACGGGCUUGACAAUGAAAUUUGACUCUUGAAAAUUGGAUCGUUCGAUCACGAGAUAUUGCGGAUUGAUUUAUCCAUUAUUCGAUAUUGUCAAUUCUUUUUGAUACAUUUUUUUUUGUUUCUCAGGGCCCGUGUUGCUCUUUGUUCUUGUUUGGAUGAAUUAUCUGGUUAAAUAACAGUUUUUCGUAGUUGUACGAUUGAAUUGGAAACGCCGUUAUUUAUCAUUUGUGCAUCUAGUCUUGUCCAGUAUGAACAUGUUUAACUUAUUAUCCAUCCAUGCACAUUUAUUUUUUUUUUGGGAGAAAUGUGAGAUGUUACGCUGACACUGGGACAAUUUUACCUGCUACUAAGCGCUCGUGCGCAUCGACUAGUUUUUUUUGUACCAUAAAUCGUUCUUUUUUUGGGAGUCAAGGCGGUAUUUCACUGAACAAUGAACUGUUCGUUGACCCCCGCAUGUCAGAGCGAAAUUUAAUAUUUUAUACGAUGAAAAAAGCGCAUUAUUACUAGGAUUUGAUGGUAUGGGUCAAAGGUUCUGACUGUUCAUAACGAAUUACCGCCUUCGCGCCCACGCUCGUUGCAUAGAGAAUAAUAGUCGUAAAGUAGGUAAGUUUAGGCGUAUCUGACCUUCAUUUUUGAUUAACGAGUAGCCCGCAUUUUUUUUCUCGUCGCAGUCUCACACACCAAUGUAACACACACUUGAUCUGCCUCCCAAGAUUUUUUAGAAGCCUUCCCCCUCUUCAUUGCCUUUUUUUUUAUUUUCAUAUUUUUUUUUUCGUCGUAUCCUUGAGGAGCCAGACCGAGCAGUAUUUCUUUUUGUUUCUCUUUUUCGCUGCCUCCUACUUAGAUUUGAUGAAUUCUAAAUUCCGAGGACAUCCGGAUUUUGUUUUCCUUUCAUUUUUUGGUUCUCAUUAUAAUAGUGCAUUGUAAAUUUAUACUUUUUUAAAAUUCGUUAUCAAGUUUUGGAAUAAUUGCUUGGGUGUAAUCAAGGUGUGUGUGUCUCUCUCUCUCACUCUACCCCCCCCCUCUCUCUCUCUCUCUCUCUCUCUUUGGUACUGUUAUUACUUGGAGAAGUAAAUAUUAAGUAAUUUUUUAAAAAUAAUUGAAGGAAAGAGGUCUCCACAUUUGUGCCCCACUUGUAUUAAUUUCAUUUCUUUUUCUAUUAUCGUGUUAAUUUAUUUACAUUGCCAAUGAAAAAUACGUUGCAAUAUUUACUGGAGUAAAUCGUGCAAUUUCAGUUGAGUUAAGAGGGGCUUCGUAUAUAGUCGACCUUGGAGGCCCCUUUAUCCGAACGAGCGUUUUGCAAGAGUAACCAGUGCGUAUAAUUUUUGUUUUGAAUUUUCUUGUUUAAAAAAGAAUACCAACUCAGUGCGAUAAAAGGGGAGAUAAUUUCCAUCGUAUGAGUGUAGAAUUUCACGAGCUCGGCUAUAUAUUUGUUGCCAAUGCAAUCCAGUCCGUACAGUGUGCCUUUUUUUUUCAUGACGAAUGCAAAGCGAAUGUUAUUGAAAUAACAAAAUUAAUUCUCUCGAUGCUAAAUGAAAUUCAAUCUCGUUAGAUUUGAAGGAAAAUUGAUAAUUAAAAAUGUUCAGAGUUUACAAAACAAAUGGAAAAUGAUACGCUCUCACUGAUUAGAGAAAAAAAAAAACAAAUGUUGCACAAAUGAAAAACGUAUGAAAGUAAAUCUAAAAUUAAUGAAAACCACUUGUGAUUUAGUUUGUAAGUAAAAACCCCAUUAGGCCAUAAUUUUUAUGGUGAUUAAAACUGUAAUUUUCAUGGGAAACUAAUACUAUGACACCAUAGUAGUUGCAUAACACUAUUCAUAAUGAGAGUACAUAUUACUACAUUACGUAAUAAUUAUUGAGUAUAAAAAUAUAUGUUAUAUAUCGAGAAAGCUGAGAAGAAGAACUCUUUUUUUACGAAUAAUUUUAUUUUUGAAUGAAACAAUGAUGAAAAUAAAAUUCACUAUAUUACACAUGAAUAA